AUGACAGCUUCCAAAGAUAACUCCGAUCUCGUGGCCAAGAUCAACGCACGUGGCCCUACUUCUGGCUUCACAGAUGUUGACGAAGAUGCAGAGAAGCUACCAACCGGGUUUGACAUUGAUAAUGCCAAAAUAUUCAAACCCCUCAAGGUCGGCAGUCUAACACUUCAGCACCGAAUCGUACACGCCGCGUUAGGUCGCUCUAGAGCCAUCAACUCUGCUGAAAGCCCUUUGGCGGUCAAGUACUUUGCGCAGCGCACCACGCCAGGCGCACUCAUGAUUUCCCAAGCGACUGGAACCUCACUAGAGUCCAAGGCUUGGCCAUGGUCAGCAAAUCUGGUAACUGAAGAGCACAAGACUGCCCUCGCCAACGUUAUUUCGGUCGUUCAUGAAAAGGGAGGGUUCUGGUUCCAGCAACUCACCCACGUAGGCCGAGUCACCUCGCCAGGUCUUGUCAAGCUCGCCCGGAGGCAAAUCGGCCUGAAAGACCCCCCUUACUAUGGCUACGCUGGAGUUUCUGCCUCGGCUGUGGGCGAAGCAGGACUCACCCCUCAAUCUGGCGAGCCCUAUGGCAUUCCGCAUGCCUUGACGAUUGACGAGAUUCAAGAGAUCGUGGCCAGCUUCAAGCGUGCCGCCGCCCUAGCUGUCAGUGCUGGUGCGGAUGGAAUCGAGAUUCUCUCGGGAAACGGCUUCCUCUUGGACCAGUUCCUGCACGAUAACAUCAACCAGCGCCAUGAUCAGUAUGGCGGAUCCGUCGAGAACAGAAGUCGAUUGACGCUGGAAGUAGUUGAUGCUGUUGCUGAGGUGGUCGGAUACCAACAUGUGGGAGUUCCUUCCACGAGACGGACGGUUCGCAACCGCUGGAGCAGUCGCUUCAUCUCUGUCGCGAACUUGUACAGCGUGGAGUUGCGUACCUCCACGUCGCCCAGGCCCGCAUGUCCCGCAACCUAA